AUGGUGAUCGGACAUUCCUACAGAAUCAGUUCGAAUUUUUUACCAAAGCAAAGCUUCGAAAUGAAAACCGCAUACUUCAAGCAUGUGGCAGGCGAUGAACAAUGCCAAAUCAGCUUUCAUUUGAUCAUCGAGAAAUUCAAGAUUGAUAAAGUAUUUAACUUCAAUCGCAGUUUGACCGAGUCUAUUGAUAAUAGCUUAGAGCGCAUUCGAUCUAAUGUUGAGAAGGAGUUUUCAAAAAAACUAAAUCGCAAGAAAAAAGUUAAGAAGCCGUCGGAAGUUUCAUAUUGCAACGAAGUAGAUUCAAACAUAAGCCAAGUGGAAGCAGUUCCGUUACAAGAACCGAUCGACGUUACGAUAAGUACAUCAAAUGGGAAAUUAAGCAAUAUUACCAUUGCUGAACUUUUGUCAACCUUAAACAGUCUCACAGAAGUUUAUCUUACUGUACUAGAAAAUAAGUUUCAAAUCGCUUAUAACAGUCCGGAGGUGCAUGCGCUGAAACUACCAUCAUCCGUAUUAGCCGAUUUUUUCGUUUAUCCCUCAAAAUUUGAGCUGCAUUUUGCAACUCGUGAAUGUAGUGAGUACAAAUGGUACCGUGGGCUGAUGCCUAAAUCAGGUAACGCUCAACAAAUACAAUGGGAACAUGUUGGCAAUGAGUUUACGUAUAUGGCUCAAAAGACCGAUGUUGGAUAUUAUUUGAAAUUUAGUUGCACUCCAAAAAAUGAUUCAUGCACAACCGGGCCGAAAACUGAAAUAAUUUCGCCGCAUCCCGUUCAAGCUGGACCUGGCCAGUGUCCGUUCGAAGUACGGCACUUAUUUACUCAGCAAAAGUUGAAAGGAAGUCAGUUUCGAGUGGUUUCAUACAACCUUCUUGCAGAGUUGUACUCAGACAGCGAGUACAGUCGGAACGUUUUGUUCGGAUACACUUUACCUUAUGCGCUGGACAUCGAUUACAGAAAACAACUAUUCAUAAAAGAAAUUCUCGGCUAUACAACUGACAUUGCAUGCCUACAAGAAGUAGAUGCAAAAAUAUUCAACAUGGAUUUGGUGCCAAUAUUUAGUCAGAAAAGUUUGGCUGGUCAUUAUCAAUCCAAACGAAAUGUCGCUGAAGGUUUGGCGACUUUCUAUGAUGUGGAUAAGUUUAUUUUGCUUGAACAUGACGGGAUUAUUGUGAGCGAAAUUUUGGAACGAUUUCCGGAGCUAUGGGAAAAGAUUCGAGACAACAAACCAUUGGUAGAACGUAUAAGAAAUCGUUCUACAGCACUUCAACUAACUUUUCUUCGUUGUAAAAAUAAUCCUAGCAAGCAUCUCUUCGUCGUUAACACGCACCUAUACUUUAGUCCGGAUGCAGACCAUGUGCGUUUACUACAAAUGGGUUUUGCUAUGUUAUAUGUUCGUGAGCAAUACGAUCGAAUAUGUUUGGAAUAUGGUUUAGCAAAAACCAAUAUAGCAUUAUUGUUUUGUGGGGAUUUCAAUUCAGUUCCAGAAUGUGGCAUCUACAAACUCUUGACGGAACAAUAUGUAGGUCCCGAUUUUCCCGAUUGGGAGAGCAAUAAGAAUGAAGCUGCUCGGAACGUUUCGCUAACACAACCCUUUAUUAUGGGUUCGGCUUGUGGAUGCCCAGAGUAUACAAACUAUACCGUUGGGUUUGCUGCGUGUAUUGAUUAUAUAUUCUAUCAGACGGGAGUAUUGAAAGUAAACGAUGUUAUUCCUAUGCCCAGCAGAGAAGAGCUAUCGAUGUAUGAAGCACUUCCAUCGCCUGUAUUUCCUUCCGAUCACAUUGCUUUAGUGGCGAAUUUAGAAUGGAUCUCAUUGGAGGACGAACUGGAAGGUAAAGAAAAUUGAAAUAAAAUAAAUGUAGAUA